CUGUCGCUCUCGCUCGCUCCUCAUCAGCUUUCAGGAAGGCCUUUCCCUGUUUCACUCAUCGGCUUCGGCCAUAGCAGCAGCUCUGGCGCUUCACUUGCCUAUCCUAAAGAAUGUUUCUCAAGGUGCAGAUGCCAUGGAAUGUCAUAAUUCCUGCCGACAGCUUGGAUGCGAAAGGCUUGAUGCUCAAAAAGGCGAUAGUGAUCCGUCUUAUGGAUGAGUUUGCUACCAAGAAAGCCACCAAGGAUCUCGGGUAUUUUAUGGCCGUAACAACCUUGGAGACCAUCGGAGAGGGAAGAGUUAGACAUAACACGGGGGAUGUACUUUUCCCGGUUUUCUUCAGCGGAAUCACAUUCAAGAUGUUCAGAGGAGAGAUUCUACAAGGGGUCGUACACAAGGUACUAAAACAUGGAGUGUUCCUGAAGUGUGGACCGGUCCAAAACAUUUAUCUGUCACACAUAAAAAUGCCCGACUACCGUUACGUGCCUGGGGAGAACGGAAUGUUCAUGAACGACAAACACUCGAAGAUUGAGAAGGAUGUCGUCAUUAGAUUUAUCGUGAUUGGGACCAAAUGGAUGGAGGCUGAGAGGGAAUUUCAGGCGUUGGUGAGCUUGGAAGGUGACUACUUGGGACCGGUUUCCUGAAUGUCUUAACUUUUCUCCAACUUGUGUAUAUAUUCAAACUUGUGGUGAUUUAACCUCAACUUUGGAAUCAUCCACCCGACUUGUUUGAACAUGUGGUAGUUUGUAGGGUAACAAUCAUUGCCAUUUUAGUGACAAAUUGCAAGUAUGGAACGUUGUUAAUCUGCUCAUUUUCCUUUGCAUAUGGGAACAGAUUUUUAUAAUCAAUGUGACAUUCCUAUA